AUGGAUUCUGCGAGGAGCUGGUUCAACAAGCUCCAAACGAGGGAGAAAUCCAUCGGCAAGAAGAAAGAUAUGCCUCCAAGUGGCAAGGAAGGGACCGAUGAAGCACCUUCCAGCGCGACGAAGCAAAGGGUCGCCGCGGCAAAACAGUACAUCGAGAAGCACUACAAGGAGCAGAUGAAACAUCUACAGGACAGGAAAGAGAGACGGUAUAGUUUUGAAAGGAAGCUAGCAGAUGCCAAUGUGUCCGAGGAGGAGCAGAACAACAUCCUGAAGCAAUUUGAGAAGAAGGAGACAGAGUACAUGCGUUUGCAGAGGCACAAAAUGAGUGCCGAGGAUUUUGACCUGCUGACAAUGAUAGGGAAAGGAGCAUUUGGUGAGGUUAGGAUCUGCAGAGAGAAGACCACACGGAAUGUCUACGCAAUGAAGAAACUCAAGAAGUCAGAAAUGCUUCGCCGAGGUCAGGUUGAGCAUGUCAGAGCCGAAAGGAACCUCCUUGCCGAAGUGGACCACCAUUGCAUUGUGAAGCUGUAUUGUUCUUUCCAAGAUAACGAAUUUCUGUAUCUCAUAAUGGAGUACCUUCCUGGAGGCGACAUGAUGACAUUGCUGAUGAGAAAAGACACGUUGACCGAGGAUGAGGCUAGGUUCUAUGUCGGCGAAACGGUUCUCGCAAUAGAAGCAAUCCACAAGCACAACUACAUCCACAGAGAUAUCAAGCCUGAUAAUCUGCUCCUAGAUAGAUAUGGCCACUUGAGACUAUCCGAUUUUGGGCUAUGCAAACCGCUUGACUAUGCAGCCUUCCCUGACUUGAAUGAGAAGGAUGUCACGCCUAAUAGAACAUCAUCGGCUCAUGGUGAUGGAAGGCAGCAAACUACGCCGAAACGCACACAGCAAGAGCAGCUGGAGCACUGGCAAAAAAACAGAAGAACUUUGGCUUACUCCACUGUUGGUACACCCGACUACAUUGCUCCAGAAGUUCUUCUGAAGAAAGGUUAUGGGAUGGAGUGCGAUUGGUGGUCACUUGGUGCUAUCAUGUAUGAAAUGCUAGUGGGGUAUCCCCCAUUCUACUCGGACGAACCUAUGACAACUUGCAGAAAGAUUGUGAACUGGAGAACUCACCUUAAAUUUCCGGAAGAAGCACGGCUAACGCUGGAUGCAAAAGAUCUAAUAAGUAGACUCUUAUGCAGCGUUGACCAACGCCUUGGUACAAAAGGUGCAGAGGAAAUUAAGGAGCACAUCUGGUUUAAUGAAGUAGACUGGGAGAAAUUGUAUGAAACCGAAGCUGCAUAUUUACCUCAAGUAACGGAUGAGUUGGACACUCAGAAUUUUGAGAAAUUUGAAGAGUCUUCGGAUCAUUCUCAAGCUUCAUCAAAGACAGGCCCUUGGAGGAAGAUGCUUUCAUCAAAGGACUUGAAUUUCGUGGGCUAUACUUACAAGAACUUUGAACUUGUGAAUGAUGAUGAAGUUCUUGAAAUGGCUGGUCUGAAGAAGAAGGAGAAGGCGAAGAGACCAAACGUCAUGUCCCUCUUCGAUGAGCCUGAAGGAGAGGAGGAGCAGCAAGCGGCCACCGAAGACGACAACGACGGUGAAGGCAGCGUCCGGAACCGGAAGACGGAGCCCGAGCCCGAGCUGACAAGGAGCCUCAGCUUGCCGUCCCCCUCCGCCGACAAGCCCAACCUCGCCUUGCCAAUGGAUUAA